AUGUCGCUGACAUGCACACAGGUUUCAAUAGGUGAAGCCGCACCGUCUCCACGCACUAACCACGCUAGUAUCUGGUACGAAAAUAAAUUCGUCGUCUACGGUGGCAAUUCAGUCAGCAAAUACGAAUGCUUAGACGAUUUGUGGGUGCUAGACACUACGGCAAUGACUUGGACACGUCCCCAGACGUCGGGAUCUGCACCAGGACCUCGCUGUCACCACACGAUGACGCUGGUUGGAAAUAAGGCUUUUCUAUUUGGAGGCUGGACAGGCAAACGAAGAUGCAACUUUCUGCACUCAUUGGAUAUAGACAGUUGGACUUGGGAUGAUUUGACAGCUAAGAUGUCAGCAGUGGAUCCACAUUCCAGUCAUGCGGCUACACCGAUAGAUGCCAAUACACUCCUCACUGUGGGAAGAGGGGAAACAGGCACCCAUGCUAAGUACGGGUGUAACAUUGACUUCCUGAACAUUAAAACACUACAGUGGACAACCUACCCGGGCAGUACAAUUUCCCGUGCAGGACACUCACUGAAUUUCCAACCCGAUGUGUCUACAAGAUAUGCCGUGGUGUUCGGUGGGCGGCAACGUCACAUGACAGAACAGGUUGUUUGUAAAGCUAAAGGUACUCUGCCGAAAUCAUUCCAUUCUAAAGUGUCAGAUGAAGUCACGAAGAAUAGUCGGAAAGUUGAGGUUCCGCCCGGUCGGAGCUAUCACAGUAGUACUGAUCUCAGUGGUUUGCUUCUGAUCUAUGGUGGUUUUAUUGAAGGGAAAUCUGUGCGAGGUCUUGUUGACGGGGUCACUGAUGCAUUCCUAUACGACGUUAAGAAUAAUCGCUGGUUAGUACCUGAAAAAAAGGGGGAAUGGCCGCCAAGAGCUGGACAUACGGCUGCUCGGAUUGGAGACAGAAGUGUCAUGUUAUUUGGAGGGGAGCAUGCUAAGCAUUAUUACAAUGAUGUCCAUGUUAUAUCAUGGUAA